UCCAGGCUUCCAAGGACACGGGGGUGCUCAAAGCGGUAACAGCGCGUGACAGAGCCGUCGAGGUGGGAGCUGACACUCCCCAGAACUAAGCCUGAGCCGGGGUGAUGCUGAAGAUGGUGACUUUCUUCCAAGGGCUUCCAGGCCAGCAGUCUGUGCCAGGGACCCUAGACUUCGCUGGAAGCCCCCCAAAGCCACGCUCCACAUCCGAGGCAGAAUCAGAGACCUCCAUGUCUGAGGCUUCCUCUGAGGACCUGAUGCCAUCCCAGGAGGCUCCCGAUGGGGAGGAGGAGUCUUCGAAGAAGAAGGAGAAGAAGUCCAAAGGCCUGGCCAACAUGUUCAGUGUCUUCACCAAAGGGAAAAAGAAAAAAAAGGACCAGCCCAGAUUAUCAGAUCCGGAAGUGCAGCCCAAGUCCAGGCCCGAGUUAGAUGGUCCACUGCCCACAGUGGAGGAGCUCAAGGAGGCCCUGGAGCGCGGGCGGCUGGAGGUGGCUUGGCAGGUGCUGGCGUUGGAGCGGCAGCUCGAGGCUGCUGCGGUGGCGGGUGGCACGAGCGACGAGGAGCUGGUGUGGCGGCAGAGCAAGGUGGAGGCGCUGUACGUGCUGCUGCGCGACCAGGUGCUCGGGGUGCUGCGGCGGCCGCUGGAGGUGGCGUCCGAGCGUCUGAGCCAGGCGCUGGCCGUGGUGUCGCAGGAGGAGCUGGAGGACCGUCGGGCGUCUGGGGGACCCUUGGCGGCCGCACUGGAGGCCACGCGCCCGCGGCGAUGGCUGCAGCUGUGGAGGGGCGUCGUGGCAGAGGUGGCAGCGGAGCGUCUGGACGCGCAGCCCUCCACGGUGCCCGAGGGCCGCUCCGAGGCCGAGAGCAGGUUCCUGCAUAUGGGCCGCACCAUGAAGGAGGACCUGGAGGUGGUGGUGGAGCGGCUGAAACCUCUGUUCCCCGACGAGUUCCAGGUUGUGCACACCUAUGCCCAGAGUUACCACGAACACUUCGCGUCCCACCUGUGCACCUUGGCGCAGUUCGAGCUGUGUGAAAGGGACACCUACUUGCUGCUGCUCUGGGUGCAGAACCUCUAUCCCAAUGAUAUUCUGAACAGCCCCAAGUUGGCACAGGAGCUUCAAGGUGUCGGGCUUGGGAGCCUGCUGCCUCUAAAGCAGAUCAGAUUGCUUGAGGCCAUGUUCCUGUCCAAUGAGGUGACCAAUGUGAAGCUGCUCAUGACCCGAGCUUUGGAGCUAGAGUCUCAGCGCUGGGCUCAGGAUGUGGCUCCCCAGAGCUUGGAUGGCCACUGUCACAGUGAGCUGGCCAUCGAUAUUCUCCAGAUCAUUUCACAAGGCCAGACCAAGGCUGAGAACAUCACUUCUGACGUUGGGAUGCAGAUAAAGCAGUUGCUCCUAGUGGAGCUGGCUGCCCUGCUGAGGAGCUACCAGCGCACCUUUGACGAGUUUCUAGAGAAAAGCAAACUCCUGAGAAAUUAUAGAGCCAACAUCAUCGCCAACAUCAACAACUGCCUGUCCUUCCGGACUUCCGUGGAGCAGAGGUGGCAGAUACCUCACGAUUCUCUGAACCGCCUGGUGGAGCCUUUGAAAGACCUCAAGGCUCGCGGCUUUGACGCCCUGCUCCAGAACCUAUUCUCAGACCUGAAGCCGCUGUUUAAGAAGUUCACACAGACCCGCUGGGCAAAGCCAGUUGAGACCCUGGAGGAAAUCAUCACUACUGUAGGCGUCAGCCUGCCUGAAUUCUCAGAGCUGCAGGACUGUUUCCGGGAGGAGCUCAUGGAGGCCGUGCACCUGCACCUGGUGAAGGAGUACAUCGUCCGCCUCAGCAAACGGCGCCUGGUCCUCAAGACGGCCGAGCAGCAGCAGCAGCUGGCAAGACACAUCCUCACCAACGCAGAGACCAUUCAGCAUUUCUGCACUGAGAAUGGCUCCACUGCAACCUGGCUGCACCCUGCCCUCCCUACGAUUGCUGAGAUUAUUCGCCUGCAAGAUCCCAGUGCCAUUAAGAUCGAGGUGGCCACGUAUGCCACUUGGUACCCCGACUUCAGCAAAGGCCACCUGAACGCCAUCCUGGCCAUCAAGGGCAAUCUACCAAGCAGCGAAGCCAAGGGCAUUCGGAACAUACUGGACAUCAACACAGGAGUGCAGGAGUCUUCUAGGCCCCUGUUCUCACUUAUAAAAGUUGCUUAGCUUUUCCAAAGGUCUGAUAUGCUCAUGAGACCCGGGGAACAUCAGGCAUCACUCUAGUUGGGGGAUGCUCAAUGUCACCAGCUCCAUAGACCCAGACCCCACUGAAGGGAGUUGGCACGUGAGCAUGCAAGAGAUUUUCCUGUCAAUGAUUGUUCGUCUUGGGUAGAGUGACCUUUGCCUUUCUACACUGUAGUCUGCCUUGUACUGGUCAGAGUAACACCGUCAGCUCCCUAGGACCAGGGGCAAAGCCUCGUUUAUCCCGUUUCCUUCCGCCCAGGGCUGCCAUAAGAUAGAACUGAAAACAAGGGAGGAAAGAAGAGAUAGUAUCCGAUCUGCGGCCUGGAAGGAGGCUUGUGAAGUGCCAACGACAAAGCUAGACCCUGCAAAGUGACUCCUGGUACCACUUAGCUAGGAGGACUCCCUUAUUCGCUCCCCAUGGGCUGCCCCUCUGUGUGUAUAUGUAUGUGUUUGGGGAGUGAUUCUGGAAGUCUUGGGAGAGCAGGGAUCUCCUGGGUUCCCUCAGAUUAAAUCUUCUCCCAUGUAGGAAUAAGCCAGGGCAUGUAGGGCUGCCUCUGUGGGCCCACCCUGAAGUCUGGUGGGAAUGCAGGUGUCUGGUAAGUGCUUUGCUAGCUUCCUGUUGGUGCUGUACCAAAUUUCCACAACAAGUGGGUUUGAAUUACAACUUUUCCUUCAGCUUUGCAAAUUAGAAGUCUGAUCCAGGAACUGAAACUGUGGUCAGGGCCCAUUUCCAGAAGUCCCAGGGAGAAUCAUUUCCUGGUCUUCCCCAGUCUUUAGAGGUUACCCACAUCUCUUGUCUGAGGCUCUUCUACCUUCAGAGCCAGGGACGGCUGCAUAUGUCCCUCGUGCCACCACAGCCUCCACUGGUUCAGAUCCCACUGUGAUUUAGGACCCCUGUGACUGCAAUGGAUCUCCCCAGAGACUCAGCAGAAGCCUGGAUUCCAGCUGCAACAUUAGCUCCUGUCACCCAAUAGUCACCCUUGGCUAUGGGGACCAGUGGAUCCCAUGGGGUCUACACUGGAAAACAAGAAAGUGGUUUGCCAUCAGUGCACCUGCUACUCCACAGACCCUGCUCCUCUCCAGCCAUGAAAGCUCUACUCAGCACUGACCCAGCCUUGAUUCUUCACAGUUCGAGGCUGGGAUUUGAAGCCUCUCCUUUUUCCUCUUCCCCAGGUACUUGCCUUACAGAGCCGGCCAUGGUGCCUUUGUAUUCUUGUAGAUGUUAGCUUGUCAAUGACAUUAAUAUUGUUAACAUUAUUUUUAUAGUGUUGAUUUUGUAUGCACAUACUCAGGACAGAAUCCAGAGAUUUUUUUUUAUAUAGCUUGAUAUAUAAAACAGAUUUCAAAAGUGA